UCUUUUGUUAAGACAGUAAGAAAUUCAUACCAUGAAUAAAUUACAUAAAUAAGAUAUUAAAUAAGUUCAUAGUUAAAAAUUAGUUUGAAGAAAUCCAGGGUAAAAACCGUUAUAACAGUUUGUGGUUUACAUUUAAUCCGAGUGAGACAUCUCUUCUCUGUUAAAUGUGUUGGUUAUUUAUGUGAGGUAGUGAGUGCUCUCACUUUGACAAAAUCUUUGACGUAUUUUUUCUCUGGGAUAACGUGCUCAUGAAACUGCUCGUGUUGGAUUGUAGAUUUGUUCUUCGCGCUUCUGCUUUGGGAAACAUUCGUCUUUUUACAAGAUAAAUUAAGAAAUAUUCAACCGGAUUGGUGAAUAAAGGUUCUUCCGAGAACACAAGAAAAGAAAGCCUUGUGUGGGGAACUUUUUUCUUUAAUUGUUCGCUGGCUGUCUAGCAGCACAUAGGCACGUGGUGUGAGGACAGCACAGUAAAAAGACGACUACUCAGCGGGCUAAAGCAUACAGAGCAACAUCCAUCAACAUGAGUCUUCGGUCAGGAAGAAAUUAUCUGAAAGACUACGCUGCUGAACAGCAACAGGAAGCUACCGGUGAUGACCAACAGCCAGAAGAUGCCACUCAAGAAGCUACGACGCAGCAACCGUCUCAACCAUUGGACACCAUGUCGCAGGUCUCCAGAGCACCCACGAGAAGGUCUCAACGGACAUCCUCAUCUUCAACGGGUUCCUCUGCAGCAAGGGCCUACGCCAAAGCUCAAGCAGCGAGAGCUCAACUGGUUUAUGCCAAAAAGGAAGCCAGCAUGAUGAAACAAAAAGCCGAAUUGGAUGCACAUCUGCAUAUCCUUCAGUGCGAAAAAGCAAUAGCGGCAGCCGAAGCAGAGGCCACGGCUUAUGAAGAAACAGAGAAUGAAAGCGGGGAGCUUCACAAAGAACUUUGUGUGGAUGCUGAACCCUUUAGCAAUGUGCAGCGUACCAGUGAGUAUGUUAAACAACAAUGUGACUUAUUCUUUCCAGAUAACCAGCACAAGGCAGUACCCCCUCCUGACAGAAAUGUCGCUGCAAUAUAUAUGCGAGACAUUGCACAGGUAACCAAUCCUGUUACAACCAACACUCAAACCAACCCACCAUCAGGAAACAGGCUAGUUAAGCAGGAGCCAUUAGUAAAUACAUGUGGCACAAACAAUGCUCAGGAUUUUGCAAACUACCUCAUCCGCAAAGAGCUAAUAAGCACAGGGCUCAUGCAUUUCGACGACAAACCCGAAAACUAUUGGGCAUGGAAAACCUCGUUUAUGGAUGCGACCAAAGAGCUAAAUCUGUCGCCCAGGGAGGAAUUAGACUUGUUAGCGAAGUAUUUGGGUCCAAAAUCAUCCGAACAGGCUAAACGCAUUCGCGCUGUACACAUCCUUAAUCCAGCUGCAGGUUCUUUGAUGGUCUGGCAGCGCCUUGAAGAGUGCUACGGCUCACCUGAGGUUAUUGAGGACGCACUCUUAAAAAAGGUGGAGGACUUCCCAAAACUAACAAAUAAAGACAAUGUUAAACUACAAGAGCUUAGCGACAUCUUAAUGGAGCUACAGUGUGCUAAGCAAGAUGGCGCUUUACCAGGACUAGCAUACCUGGACACAGCUCGAGGAGUCAGACAAAUAGUUGAGAAACUACCCUUUAACUUACAAGAAAAAUGGACAUCUGUAGGAACGCAGUACAAAGAGACCCAUAGAGUGUCGUUUCCCCCUUUCUCAGUUUUUACUCAGUUUGUUCAGCAUCAGGCGAAAAUGAGAAACGAUCCCAGCUUUAUGUCUAGUCCAAACAGCCACGUUCCAUCUCAUGCAGAAAAACUGAGACCAUAUAGCCGCAAAACUACUGUGUCAGCUCAUAAAACUGAUAUCACAGCAGAGCCUAAUCAAAGUAGUCUAAAACCAUUGGAGGAACCGGAUCGACAGUGUCCGAUCCACAAAAAACCACACCCACUUAAAAAGUGUAAACUUUUCAGAGAAAAACCUAUUGAGGAAAGGCAGGCAUAUCUGAAAGAGCAUCACAUCUGCUACAGGUGCUGUGGGUCAGUCAGACAUAUUGCAAAAGACUGCAAAGCAACAGUUAGGUGCACAGAGUGCGAUAGCUCGAAACACUUAUCUGCAAUGCACCCAAGUUCUCCUCCCGCUCCAGAGAGCGCUGAACGGGAAAAUUUUGUACAUGAAGAGCAAAAUGAAAGUUUACUUUCAGGCUCUCUUUCAGUUGUUUCAAAGUGCACAGAAAUAUGUGGCCAAAGUGAUUUUUCGCGUUCGUGUUCGAAGAUAUGUUUAGUUAAAGCAUACCCUGCUGGGCAGAAAGAGAAGGCCAUUAAAAUGUACGCUGUGAUAGAUGAACAGUCCAACAGGUCACUAGCUAAAUCAGAGUUUUUUAACCUUUUUGAUAUCAGGGCCAGACCUGAGCCUUAUAUGUUAAAGACUUGCGCAGGAAAUGUACAGGUUUCCGGAAGGAGAGCUGUAAACUUCUCCCUUGAAUCUCUGGAUGGAAAGGGCAAAGCAUUACUGAGGGAGCUUUCAUCCGAAGUUAGGGACUGGGAUGAACCGCUAAACCCCAUAAAACAUGAAAUGUGGGAUGCAUGGAAAAACUCAUUGAAAGCCCUUGAAAAUCUCCAAAUACCAAGGUGUUACAGCUCAGGUACUUUAAGCACAGCUAAGCUAAAAGAGCUUUGCAUUUUCUCUGAUGCUUCUACUGUGGCUAUAGGGGCAGUAGCUUAUCUGCGAACAGCUAGCGAUGAAGGACAGUGCCAUGUCGGCUUUAUAAUGGGAAAGUCUAAACUUGCACCCCGUCCCGCACACACAGUACCGCGCCUAGAACUUUGUGCUGCUGUGCUUGCCGUGGAAAUGUUUGAGCUCAUUAGGGAAGAGCUAGACAUCAAAGUAGACUGUGUGAAGUUCUACACAGACAGUAAGAUUGUGUUAGGAUAUAUACACAACACUUCCAAGCGAUUCUACAUGUAUGUUGCCAACAGGGUUACACGUAUCAGAGCGUCCACACAACCAAACCAAUGGCAUUACGUACCAACCGAGUUGAACCCAGCCGACCAAGCCACUAGGUUUAUCCCAGCAGCUGAACUGCAGAACACUUCCUGGUUCUCAGGCCCACCAUUUUUGUAUCAUGACACAAAUUCAGAACAACCCAACAUUGGUUCUUUCACGCUCAUUGAACCUGAGAAAGACAAAGAGAUACGUGCAGAAGUGAAAGCACUAAAAACUACAGUUUUAGGGUCACAUCUUGGCUCUCAGCGUUUUGAGAGGUUCUCCAGCUGGACCAGAUUGUGCAGAGUAUUAGCCAGACUCAUUCAUAUCGUCUCAUCUUUUAAACAAAAGAAAAGUGGAUGGAACAGUUUCAGGGAGACUCCAAGCAUCCAAGAACUCAAACAAGCCACGGUCGUUAUCAUACGGGCUGUCCAGCAAGAUGCCUACGAGGAGACAAUUAGAAACCUUAAAGAAGUCAAACAGGCAAAUGUGAAACUUGACACGCUCAGAAAGCUCAACCCUUUAGUUGACAAAGACAACCUCUUGCGAGUAGGGGGACGUCUCUCCUCAGCUGAUCUCACUGAGAACGAAAAGCACCCUCUUAUUUUCCCGUCCUCCAGUCAUAUCGCCACACUACUAGUAAGAUACUUUCAUGAACAAGUGUCUCAUCAGGGGAGACACAUAACUGAGGGAGCUAUCCGGGGUGCUGGGUUUUGGAUUGUUGGAGCGAAGCGCCUUGUAUCUUCGGUCAUUCAUAAGUGUGUUACAUGUCGAAAGUUGCGAGGAAAAAUGCAGGUUCAGAAAAUGGCAGAUUUGCCUGCUGACCGACUCAUUCCUGAACCACCUUUUACCUCUGUCGGUCUAGAUGUGUUUGGACCAUGGACAAUUGUGACUCGUCGGACAAGAGGUGGUUGCUCUCAAAGUAAACGUUGGGCUGUGUUGUUCACGUGCAUGUCAACCAGAGCCGUGCACAUCGAGCUGAUAGAGACUAUGUCUACUGAUAGUUUUAUAAAUGCACUGAGAAGGUUCUUCGCUAUUCGUGGCCCAGCCAAGAUGCUACGCUCGGACAGAGGCACAAACUUUACAGGGGCUUGUAAAGAGUUGGACCUGGAAAAAGAAAACUCAGGUGUAGGGAAGUACCUGCAAGGAAGAGGUUGCAGUUGGAUUUUCAACCCUCCCCAUGCGUCGCAUAUGGGAGGUUCGUGGGAGCGCCUCAUAGGGAUUGCCAGGCGCAUUCUGGACACAAUGUUGUCACAAACUGAAUCAACACGUCUCACUCAUGAAGUCUUAAGCACCUUUAUGGCUGAGGUGACGGCAAUUAUUAAUGGAAGGCCACUGGUUCCCAUCUCCACAGACCCUGAUUGUCCUGUAGUACUCACCCCAGCAAUGCUAAUUACACAGAAGGUGAGUGCUGUUUCUGCACCAUCUGGGAACUUCUCCACAGGACAGUUGUUUGGGAAACAGUGGAAACAUGUUCAGCACCUUGCUGAUACUUUUUGGAAAAGGUGGAAAGGACAAUAUUUGCCCACCUUGCAAAGUCGCUCAAAAUGGACUGAAAACAGACCCAAUGUUAGAGAAGGAGAUGUAGUCCUGCUGAAAGAUCCUCAGGCCAGCAGGAAUGAAUGGCCUAUGGGACUAAUAAUACAAACCUUUCCCAGCAGGGACAUGAAGGUCCGCAAAGUGGAAGUGAAGGUUGUACAAAACGGGACUGUAAAGGUGUUCUUAAGACCAGUUUCUGAAGUUAUUGUUUUGCUUUCUGAAACUGAGUAAUCAUCAUUUGUUCCUCAACAUCCGAGUGUUGUUAUUUUUGUGUGUGACUAUGUUAUGAUGGUUGUUGUGAUAUAAUGUGAUUAUAUCAAGCGGGGAGUGUUCUGUCUUUUGUUAAGACAGUAAGAAAUUCAUACCAUGAAUAAAUUACAUAAAUAAGAUAUUAAAUAAGUUCAUAGUUAAAAAUUAGUUUGAAGAAAUCCAGGGUAAAAACCGUUAUAACAGUUUGUGGUUUACAUUUAAUCCGAGUGAGACAUCUCUUCUCUGUUAAAUGUGUUUGUUAUUUAUGUGAGGUAGUGAGUGCUCUCACUUUGACAAAAUCUUUGACGUAUUUUUUCUCUGGGAUAACGUGCUCAUGAAACUGCUCGUGUUGGAUUGUAGAUUUGUUCUUCGCGCUUCUGCUUUGGGAAACAUUCGUCUUUGUAAGUAUUGCUUUGCUCUGAAAGCACUUAAACAUGGUUUGGAAGUACUUUGUAAAAGACUAAAAAACAAAUGUCUCAUUGUCAUAGUUGUGCUAAAGCUAAGCUAUUGGUCAAUUACUUUUUUCUCUUCUGUAUAUUUCAGUUACAAGAUAAAUUAAGAAAUAUUCAACCGGAUUGGUGAAUAAAGGUUCUUCCGAGAACACAAGAAAAGAAA